AUUAGUGAAGAGACGUGGAAAGGUCAAGGCACUCCAGGAUGCAAUUGACCGUAAGAUCUCAAUCUGCCAGUAACAUGCAACAUUUCACCAUGACAAAUUAUUUGAAAAGUCUGUUUAGAGAGAUAUCUUCAUUAGAGAGUGUUUGUAUUAGAGAGAUGUUUGUAUUAGGGAGAUAUCUGUAUUAGAGAGAUGUCUGUAUUAGAGAGGUGUCUUCAUUAGAGAAUGUUUGUGUUAGAGAGAUUUCUGUAUUAGGGAGAUGUCUGUAUUAGAGAGGUGUCUGUAUUAGAGAGUGUUUGUAUUAGAGAAAUGUCUGUAUUAGAGAGGUGUCUGUAUUAGAGAGGUGUCUGUUUUAGAGAGAUGUCUGUAUUAGAGAGAUGUCUGUAUUAGAGAGAUGUCUGUAUUAGAGAGAUGUCUGUAUUAGAGAGAUGUCUGUAUUAGAGAGAUGUCUAUAUUAGAGAGAUGUCUGUAUUAGAGAGGUGUCUUUAUUAGAGAGAUGUCUGUAUUAGAGAGAUGUCUGUAUUAGAGAGGUGUCUGUAUUAGAGAGGUGUCUGUAUUAGAGAGAUGUCUGUAUUAGAGAGGUGUCUGUAUUAGAGAGGUGUCUGUUUUAGAGAGAUGUCUGUAUUAGAGAGAUGUCUGUAUUAGAGAGAUGUCUGUAUUAGAGAGAUGUCUGUAUUAGAGAGGUGUCUGUAUUAGAGAGAUGUCUAUAUUAGAGAGAUGUCUGUAUUAGAGAGGUGUCUUUAUUAGAGUGUGUUUGUAUUAGAGCUGAGAUGUCUUUAUUAGACGCAUGUCUGUAUUAGAGAGAUGUCUGUAUUACAGAGAUGUCUUUAUUAGAGAGAUGUCUGUAUUAGAGAGAUGUCUGUAUUAGAGAGAUGUCUUUAUUAGAGAGAUGUCUUUAUUAGAGAGUGUUUGUAUUAGAGAGGGGUCCAUAUUAGAGAGGUGUCUUUAUUAGAGAGUGUUUGUAUUAGAGAGGGGUCCAUAUUAGAGAGGUGUCUUUAUUAGAGAGUGUUUGUAUUAGAGAGGGGUCCAUAUUAGAGAGAUGUCUGUAUUAGAGAGUGUUUGUAUUAGAUAGGGGUCCAUAUUAGAGAGGUGUCUUUAUUAGAGAGUGUUUGUAUUAGAGAGGGGUCCAUAUUAGAGAGUGUAUGUAUUAGAUAGUGUUUGUAUUAGAGAGUGUUUGUAUUAGAUAGGGGUCCAUAUUAGAGAGGUGUCUUUAUUAGAGAGAUGUCUGUAUUAGAGAGGGGUCCAUAUUAGAGAGAUGUCUGUAUUAGAGAGUGUUUGUAUUAGAGAGGGGUCCAUAUUAGAGAGUGUCUGUAUUAGAGAGAUGCCCAUAUUAGAGAACUUGUGUCUUUACAGAGGUGUCUAUAUUAUAUAGAGAGGUGUCUUUAUUAGAGAGGUAUCCACAUUAGAGAGAUUAGUUUGUACUUUGAUUUAAUUUGUUGUAACUGAAAAGCAUUCACUUUAGAUUUACAAGAUGUAAAUUUUGAUGAGAAAUUUGACAUUCAUUUUGGUAUUGCUCACACAAGAUGGGCAACACACGGCGUCCCAAAUGAAGUGAACAGUCACCCGCACAGAUCUUCUCAUGAGAAUGGUAAGAGACACAGUAUUAAAUAAUUAGGAUUGUGGUCUAAUGGAUUAGCCUAUUGAGUGGCAGCACUCUACCCCUGACAAGUAAAAUCAUCUGGCAUUAGACAUUGCCACUUAAAGGGUUAACAGGAGCCCCAAAUAUAAGCCACCCAACUAUAACUCCCCUCAAAAUUUAAGCCCCCCCCCCCCCAAAUUUAAGCCCCACCCCCAACUAUAAUAUUGCACAUGUGGAUUGAACAUUUAAUUUUAUUUUUGCAGAAUUUAUUGUCAUUCACAAUGGCAUUAUCACAAAUUUCAAAGACAUUAAAACAUUUCUGGUAAGAUUUUUUCUGUGUUGCUGUUGUGUACUCAGGUGAAUAUGAUGUUUGUGGUGUUACUCUGAGUGUAUAUCCACACCAGGUGAGCUUGAAAAAUAUGCCCGGCCACGGUGGGAAUCGAACCUAUGACCUUUGGAAUACCAGCCCAAUGCUCUGCCAACUGAGCUACGCGGUCAGACAGAGCAUUGGCAGAGCAUUGGGCUGGUAUUCCAAAGGUCGUAGGUUCGAUUCCCACCGUGGCAUAUUUUUCAAGCUUGCCCAGUGUGGAUAUACACUCAGAGUAACAUCACAAACAUAACAUUCCUGGUAAGUUCUCCCUUAGUAUCACAGUGGGUUGAGGUGCAUGCAGCUUUCAUCUCCAUAGCUUGGUUUACACUGUCAAAGUUUCUGUGAUCACAGUAGGAAUUUUGGAUAUGUGAAUUCUAAGUUUUGAAGGAUUUAUAAGAAAUGUUUAAGGGACUUGACUUAAUGUUUAACACUGAGUCAGGUCCCUCAAACAUUUUUCUUACAAAUCCAUCAAAAUGUAGGAUUUACAUAUCCAAAAUUCUUACUGUGAUCACAGAAAUUUCGAUUCAGGGUUCAAUUCCUUCAGUAUAUAUAUUGUGCUGUAAUUGUUUGAUUAUUUGUCCAUUUUUUUCUUCUAGCAAAGCAAGGGAUACAAAUUUGAGUCGGAAACAGACACAGAAGUGAUCCCAAAACUGGCGAAAUAUUUGUAUGAGAAAUCAGUAAGUUUACAUCCACAUUUGCUGAAGUAUCACCUAGCUGGACUUGAUUCAGGUAUCAUUGAUUUGAAAGAGCACACUAUGGUGUCAACUAGGCUACUCUGAUGGUGCAAUGUUUGUUUAUAGAAUGAAGAGGAAGGGACCUUGUGUUUUAGAGAAUUAGUUGAACUUGUUGUUAAACAACUGGUAAGAUGGUAUCAAUAUAAAAUACUGUUCACACCUCUAUCAUCACCAUCAUCACUACCAUUCUCACCACCAUCACCAUCAUCAUCACCACCAUCAUCACCAUCACCAUCGUCACCAUCAUCACCAUCAUCAUCACCAUCAUCAUCCCAUCAUCACCAUCAUCACCAUCAUCACCAUCAUCAUCACCAUCAUCAUCAUCAUUACCACCAUCACCAUCAUCACCAUCAUCACCAUCAUCACCAUCAUCACCAUCAUCACCAUCAUCACCAUCACCAUCAUCAUUACCAUUCUCAUUACCAUCAUCAUCAUCACUACCACCAUCACCACUCAAAGUCAUCCAUACUUAUUCUUAGGAAGGUGCUUUUGCUUUGGUCUUUAAAAGUCUUCACUUCCCUGGCCAGUGCGUGGUAGCAAGGUUUGUCAAUUGGAAAAUAUUUCUUAAACUAUUCACUAUCUACAAGGCUCCUUCUUGACUGGAUGUGUUAUCUUUAUUUAGACGUGGUAGUCCUUUACUUAUUGCAAUAAAGAGCAAAUCACCGCUCACUGUUGAUAAAGUACCAAUUUUGUAUAGUGAAGGUAUACAAUCAUGUAGAUAUUAUUUUUGGUUGAUAAUCUGCAUUUCAAGACUGUUACAGUAUUUUUGUUGAAAACAAACCAUAUGUUGUUACUUUACUACUGAGAACUAAGAAUUUGAACGUAAUCUUCUCACUCUGAUAACCGCAGUUAGACCAUCAUCUGUUUUAUAACUAUACUGCUUAACCUUUUAAGUGGCAUUGCUCCUCAAUUCGUCCUGCUUUGGUGCUUUACCCUGUCCUAAUAACAGACGAUUUACAACUAAAGGGGAACUCUCAUAUUUUGUGUGGUUUGAUUUUUGUAGAUAGUCCAAUGAAGUUGUCUCGAAGUGCCAGUCUUGACAGCAUGGGCAGCACUAGCUCAAUGUAUUAUAAUAUCACUGAAGGAACAGCUAUUGAAUAUUUCUUUGCCUCAGAUGCUAGGUAAGAUAUCCACUAUCAAUAAAGUUAAUUUAUAGUAACACUGGAUCAGUAAGAGAUGAUUCUUACUGGACCUCUAUGGAGAACAGUUUAGAACUGAUAGAACUAUCCACUAUAAAUAAAAUUUAGGUUUCCUCCUGUAGUAAAAUUGUUUCUGUUCCAGUGCUGUAAUAGAACACACCAAUCGAGUGAUCUAUCUUGAAGAUAACGAUGUAGCAGCGGUAGUGGACGGAAGUAAGAACUUUGUAAUAUUUUAGAAUCACUCAAGUCUUUGGCUUGGAAUUAUGCCAGCACCGCGUGUUACUGUGUAAUUGGCAAGGAAUAGAGAAUAAUCAUUCCCAUUAUUAUGAGAACUGAAUGAUAAAUUGUUCGAUUGUUUAGGUCUUUCCAUUCAUCGUUUAAAGAAAGAAGAGAAGACAGAUGGAGUGAUGCAUCGCGAGAUUCAAACUUUACAAAUGGAACUACAACAGAUUAUGAAAGGUAGUGUGGGGUAGAGGUAGGAAAAUGUG